AUGCCGUCUUACAAAUGGAUUCUCUGCGCCACUGCUCUUCUUUCGAACGGCAAUGUUAUCGUGGCUUCGAAACAGGCCCAAGAUGACAAUGCAAACUGGCGAGGCCGUUUACCAGAGACUUCGAGCUACGAAGCCCCUCGCUUUCGCUAUUGGUGGCCCGGGGGAUGGAUUGAGCCUGAAAUAGUCAGAGACGAGGUUGAGGCCAUAGCCCUGGCAGGAUUUGGCGGUGCAGAAAUUGGAGAUGUGAGGGACAGCAUUACAGAAGCAAUGGAUCCCAAAGUCUACGGUUGGGCACAAGAGAGAUGGAAUGCGGGAGUUCUUGCAGCCUAUCAAGCUGGAGAAGACCAAGGUGUUCACAUCGACUACACUCUCGGGCCUCACUGGCCAACUGGCGUUCCCGGUUAUACUCCCGACUCGGUGGAGACAGCAAAAGAGCUCGUUCACGGACAGAUUCUCCUUCAAGCCGGUACGAAUUACUCGGGACCUCUUCCUUUGCCCGUCGCAGACCCGUCUGGACAGAAUGGCGGCAACCCUAACGUGACCGCCACCCCUCAACUGGUUGCUGUCCUUGCGGCUAGAACAAGUACUACCAAUAUCAACGCGUCUGUUGUUACAUUUGAGGACUCCACGGUCAAGGACGUCUCACAACACUAUAAGAAUGAGAAAUUCACUUGGACGGCUCCUCGCGACGGUCCUUACAUUGUCGUCGCAGUGUACGGACGCGGAACAGGACAGGUGCAGAACAUGUACGAUAUGAACUCUGAAGGACCUCAGCUGACGGAUCCUGCACCUGCUUAUAUCGUGGAUCAUUUGUCUGUGGCUGGAGUGAGAGCAACAGUCAAGUAUUGGAACGAGCAUGUCUUGACAGAUGAGCUCAGAGCCCUGAUGAAAGCUUCCCACGGAUCACUUUUCGAGGACUCACUUGAAUUGAAGCUCAAGCAGUAUUGGACACCAAAUUUCUUACAGGAAUUCAAGAAGCGACGUGGCUACGACCUGAUAACGCAUCUUCUUUACGUCUUGAAAGACACAAACACCUUUUCUGGAGAUUCAAACACUGCCCAGAUGGUCGAAUACGACUUUUAUUCCACGGUAACAGACCUAUAUAUUGACUACCGACUGACUUAUCUGCAAAAGUUCGCUCACAGUCUCGGACUUAAACUGCGGGUUCAGCCAUACACAGCAACUCUUGACUCCACGCGCGCCGCGGCCUUGGUCGAUAUUGCAGAAGGAGAGUCACUAGGAUUCGGAAGUACCCCAGAUUCCUUUCGGGUGUUAGCUACAGGAAGAGACGUUGCUGGCAGGACCACCAUCUUGUCCAACGAAAUAGGCGCAUACAUGGGUGAGGCGUACGGAGUCACCUGGAGCUUUCUCCUGGGAACAGCCAACUUUGACACUUCUCUGGGUGCGAGUCAGAGUGUCAUCCACGGCUUCCCUUACAGUGACUCACCGACCAGUGUGUGGCCAGGGUUUGCGCCCUUUACUCCUUUGGGAAGUUCUAGCAACGGGUUUGCGGAUGCAUGGGGCCCACGACAGCCGCAGUGGCUCUUUGCACGCAAUGCGAGUAGUUACAUGGCUCGGUCUCAAGCUCUGAUGCAGAACGGCUCAGCGUCUGUUGAUAUUGCUAUUCUCAAUCUGGAUUGGGGAGUCACUGCGGCUUGGGACGACACUGGUCUAAAUGAUGCGGGUUAUUCAUACCAGUUCCCAACCCCAGAGCUUCUGGCCGAAUACUCCGCAACGGUAAAAGGUGGUCGCCUAAUUCCUGAGGGCCCAAAGUAUAAGGCGCUCGUACUCCGCAAUGUGACGUCUUUGAAUAUAGACAGCGCUCGAAACAUCCUCUCUUAUGCCAAAGAAGGGCUUCCGAUUGUUAUUGUCGGUAGUACUCCAACCCAGACGCAGUCGCUCUGCACAUCCUGUAAAGAAGCGUCUUUACAGCUCAAUGAUAUCUUUGAAGCUGUUCUUGCCUUGCAGAAUACGCGGCAGGUGGACUCCGAAUCUGAGGUUGUCGCAUCACUCAAAAGCCUGAGAGUUAAUCCUCUAGUACAGUACACCGAUUCAAUCAACGCAACAACAGUAACGACUAGACGACGAUUGCAGGAGAACGAAUAUGUCUACUGGAUGUAUAGCUCGAACCGCACUAGCCAGACCGUUUACCUCGAAGGCGAAGGUUUUCCACUUCGGUUAAACCUAUGGACUGGAGAAGUAUCGCCAAUCGCCGCCUGGAACACCAUCGACGGAUAUACUGCUGUCAAUGUGACCAUCGGAGAAGACGCCGCUGAAGUAAUCUACCUGGGCCACCAGAACCCGUACGGUGCGAGCAACCUUGAGCGACAUCUUAUAUCUACAGACGCGGAAGCAGUGGCAGACGAAUCAGGCAACCUCUUCGUCAGAGCGACCGAGAACGGGAAGUACGCGGCACAGCUUUCCACUGGAGAGAAGGCGACGGCCACAUUUGAUUCAAUCCCUCCCGCUAUUACACCAGAGUCAUGGACUCUCACUGUUGAGGACUGGUCUCCAGCUUUUGUCAACGAGACGGGGCGAAACUCGUCCCUCACGGCAAAGAAGACACUGGACCCGAUAACCCUGAGUACAUUGACGUCUUGGAACGAAAUACCGGAGUUGGAGUAUGCCAGCGGCGUAGGAGUCUACAGAACGGCAACCAACCUAACUACCCGGCAAGACCAGGAAGAGCUGGGGGUUUACAUCCAUGUUGGCGAGGUCGGAGGAACAUGGGGCCUCAAAGUCAAUGGCCAGGCCGUUCCAGGAGUGGACUUGUUUAGAUCCGCGCCUCUAGACGUAACUCGGUAUGUCCGUGAUGGAGAUAAUGAUAUCGAGGUAACGGUUGCUACGACGCUGUGGAACAAGCUUAGGAAGACAUGGCCUGGCUUGUAUGGAUCAUUGGAGCCGCAGGAGAUUGGGCUUCUAGAGCCGGUGUAUUUCACGUACUAUGCGCAGCAGCAGAUCUAG